AUGCUCGUCCUACUUGGUCUUGUCUCUCUGUUCUCCUUCGCCCUCAGUCUCAGUGUAAACCUUCAUGCAGCCCGGGAUGCUCUGACCAGGGACGAUGGGCAUACUUCUUUUCCAGCUCCACGACAGGCAUGGGGCGACAAAGCGCAUACCACCAGGCAGAAUACUCACGACCCCACCAUUCUGCUUCAUGGUGACACCUUCUAUCUUUACACUAUCGACGACCAUAUCGCAAUUUACAGUGCUCCCGACUUGGCAGGUCCAUGGGAAUACCAGGGCAGCGUGCUAGAGGCCGACAGCAUCAUUGAAAAGGGUGGAACAACCCGGAAGAGGCCUUGGGCUCCGACUGUCAUUCAAUCCCAGAUGAAUGGCUAUUUCUACUGUUACUACUCUGUCAGCAGAACAGGGUCUCGGGACAGUGCUGUCGGCGUUGCGACCUCUGCCACUCCUGGUGCCGGAAAUUGGUCUGACUUCGGAGCCGUUGUACAGACAGGAAGCGGAGAUGGAUCUGAUGUCGCCCCUUACACCCGCUCUAAUGCGAUUGACCCCAGCAUUGUGACUUUGAACGACGGUCAGGAUGCAUAUUUGUUAUAUGGCAGCUAUUGGACAGGGAUCUACCAAGUGCGCCUCGACGAGGUCUGGGUCCGCCCUUCGGAUACCAAGAGCCCUGAAUUUUAUCAACUUGCCUUCCUUCCCAACAAGGCAACGGCCAGCAUUGGUGGACUAAAUCCCGAGCUGGAGGCCACUCGUUUGAAAGGUGACCCGACCGGACCACAUCCCAUUGAAGGCUCCUACAUGUCCCAAAAUUCCGGUUAUUACUAUCUCUGGUUUAGCCACGGGACCUGCUGUGGCUUCACUGAUGUGAAGUCAUUGCUCACAGAUGCUCUUGAGAAUGCAUACAGCAUUAGAGUGGGUCGAUCAACAAGCCCACAUGGGGGCUUUGUCGACAAAGAUGGAAACUCCCUUCUCGAAGGCGGCGGGUCGAUUGUCUAUGGCACCAACACUCAAAGGGUUAAUGGACAGGAGUACCAGAUAUAUGCUCCUGGAGGUCAAGGCGUAAUUACUGUUGGUGACACAGACUAUUUAUUUUACCACUACUUAAACACCUCUAUAGGAGUUGAUUUUCAAGACGCCCUCCUUGGCUUCAAUCCUCUCAAGUAUGUCGACGGAUGGCCCGAGGUACAGGCGUGA